GUUACAAUUCUCUUCGAAGAGCCCAAGUAUAAGCGAUUGCAGAAUAUGCUACAUUUAUAGCCCAUGUCCCUGGGAAUUAAAUCAUUAUGGAGGGCUCGAAUUCUCAAAGUCCAUAUCGGAGGAUUCUCCCCAAUUCCCAGGGAGCAGUACAAUCCAUCGUUAUUUCAGCGAUCGAGUCCCCGACGAUGGUACUCGACUCCGACUAUGACUGGAAACGAUACGAGCGAGUCCUCGACAUAUAGGUCCAUAUCGUCUUUGGGGAAUGAAACACGCAAAAAGCUCAUUAGGGCAAGGUUGGGCACCAAGCCGAUGGAACCAGCACUAACAGUGCGGCCAUUUCGACAUCGCAACAAACGUACGUUACGUCACAGCGUGCGCCAAUAUAGAAGAAGCGUCGCGAGGCAGGUUUUAUAUGAUGUAGCGCAUAAGGCUUCGGGAAAACCUAUAAGAAAUUGGCGCGCGACCCUGGCCUUCAUGCUGCUGGUCACACCCAAUCAUGGGGAGGUGUUGCAUUUUCGGGUUAUCAUAGGGAAAGACGUCUCGGAAAAUGCCCGUCAAGUGCUUUCAGGGCCAGAUACUCACAUUUCCGAGAUCUGCCGCAAAAACGAAAGCUUCGUUCAAAUUGAGGAACAAGACCAAAUAUCUAAAGAUAACCGACUUAUUUUUAAUUUGUCCGGGUCUGAAAUUGCUGUCCGCAACUCUCUUCGGGAUAUCCUCGGAGUAGUAGGGGCGAUCACCGCUGUUAGAGUAUCCGACCCAGCCUUCAGAGAAUUCUUGUUAGAUGUUUGGAAGGAUGCUGUAGAAAAGAGGCCAGAAACACAGCUUUUGCGCAAUGGGGAGGCUGGCGAGACAGUUGCCGACGACAGGACGAUAACUGUGAAGUCAUCCUUGUCCAACCCCAAUUCGGUUUACAAGCCCUACGAGCUGAAGACACGAGCUGACGACAUCGAGGUUCCUAAGACCUGGACACAAAGAUCCUUCGAAGAAUAUGUGGCCGCAUUAGUUUAUGGCCAAGUCCCAAAUCACCUUGCACGAGCGCUGUAUCCAAGUUUCCCGGAUCACCAACAAACAGUGGUUUCCAUACUUCUCGAGCUCUUUCACACUCGAGCUACAAGGUCAGCGAUCUCCCUAUCUGCAACGAAGAUGGCUAUCGGCUUCAUCGAGUCCACUGGUCGUGGCUUUCGUCGCGCAUCUCGGUUGAUCUACAACAGUGUGAGGAGGCAACGCAUGCUUGUGGAUGCCGAACUAUACACUACAUUUCUCAUCAGCGCAUCAAAAGCCAAAGACCUCAAUACCUUCAACAGAAUAUUAAGACUAAUGGUCCGGAAAGGCUAUCCCCCGCAGAGCCGCGCCUGGGUCGCAUUCUUAGUAAUGAUGAAAAGCCCAACGAUCAAGCGUUAUAUCGUGGAAAAAUUGAUGGAGAAGAAUCUAGACCACAAUCCAAUGAUACUUCGCGCGAUAGGUAGAGAAAUGGCGACACUUGAUCUUGAAUUUACACUACAUCGGCCACACGUACUAUUAAAGCCAUAUACGGGAGAAUCAACGACACCGUCAGCGACGGUUUGGAUCCGUGCCUUUUUGACCAAUCAGAAUAAAAAGUAUGGACCCGGAUGGUUGGAUACAAUUACUCUAAACAAGAUGUUAGAAAUUCUUGGUAGACACGGCCAGCUAGACGCGUGUAAAACUUUGCUGGGCUUAGUCUAUGAUUAUCGGAAUACUUUCCCCGAUGCAGCUACUCUGAACACAAUGUUGUCUCGGGCAAAUGGCUUUGCGAACCAGAUGGAAAUGUUGCAUACGAUAUUAAGCCGCUGGCCAAAUUUAGUGCCAGACGAGAUCACUUACCACCUCUUAUUCAGAUUAGCUUGGAAGAGACACUACCCCAACAUGCUUAGAGUGGUAUGGCGAUAUGCUGUCCUUACGCAUAAGACGACCUCUAAGAUGCGAUAUACUCUCUCUCGACUACUUACGGAGACGGACGAUCGAAGCAAUCGGUACAAAUUUCUCAAGGAGUGGGAAGACGUGAUAAUUGGGAAAAGUGAAUUGGCAGAGAUGCGAGAAACCUAUCCAAAUCGCUUCUACACACGACAUAUACUACCUAAAUACUUCAAGAACGCGCAGUGGAUGAGGCCGUCCGUCGAACUUGGGGUUAAGCUUAAGGAAGCGAUUUCUAUGGAUGUUGAGAUACACCGAUUAUUAAAGGAAGGGAAGAUCGUUGAUAAAGAGUCGCUCUCGGUAGAUAUACCAUUGGAGCCGAAUAUGAAGCCACCCCCUAGCAAGCUUCAUGCUUUCAGAUACGGACCCGAUGCUCAUACUCUCGAUAGUGAUGAGUGGCAUAAUAGAUCUCAAUACCCCCCUCGGCCUAGGACUAAGGUUUGGGAUGGGAGUCGAUGGAUCUCCCGCGGUAGAAAGGAGGAAUCUGUACAUUAAAAUCUCAUAUGAUACCAUGUUAAAUAAAAUUAGCAUAGAGAACAGAGACAACUCAGUGAAAUUCAUAAAUACUAGGUCACCAAUGCAUAGUGAGACUUAUGACAGAGUAGACAACUUAUUAAUCAUCAAGGUAUGUCAUAGUCUUC